AUGUCGAGCCAACGUUCGUCGCCGUUCCUGUCGUCUUCCCUUUCGAUCCGGCAAGAGAUCGAUAGAUUCGAAUCGGUUCAUCCGUCGAUAUACGCCAUCUACGACCUUAUCGAAGCUCUGAACGACCAGUUCAUCUCGCAGCAAGUCCGCGAACACGUCGUCUGUAUCGAAGAUGCUUUCGUCAACAGUCCAGAGUGGACUCUUAGCAGGAAUGUUCCAGACAUCCGACUGGGUGUUCUCGGAAGUCUCAGCAGCGGGAAAUCUUCUCUCGUUCACAGGUACUUGACGGGUUCUUACAUCCAGGAGGAAUCUCCCGAAGGCGGUCGCUUCAAAAAGGAGAUCUCCGUGGACGGUUCGAGCUAUUUGAUGAUGAUUCGAGACGAGGCUGGCGCUCCCGAAUGGCAGUUCGCACAAUGGGUGGACGCCGUACUGCUGGUUUUCUCUUUGGAGAACGAAGUUUCCUUCCAAGAAAUUCUUUCGUUCUACAAAAAAAUGAGAAACUUCCGCAUGGACGUCCCCGUCAUACUGAUCGGAACGCAAGACGCUAUUAGUGAGAAUAAUCCGCGGAAAAUAACGGAUCAGCGAGCGCGCAAGCUGGCUCAGGAACUCGGCAACUGCGCCUACUACGAAACGUGCGCAACUUAUGGACUCAACGUGGAAAAGGUGUUUUCUGAAGUUUGCCAUCGUCUGGUGGCCGAGAGCAGCUAUCGGAACUCAACGUUGACGUCAUCGUCUUCAACCGCAGCCCUGCCGACGGAUCAACCCACAAGCUUUUUUAGUGCCACAACCGCGGAGCGUUCGACUCUGUCGAGCGAUCGGAAACUCUCCGACCCGCAGCCCCUUCGCAACGGCUCGGACACUACGAUCAAAACCGAAGCUUCUAUAAUCCCGCUGUCGCUGAGUCCGGGCCCGAAAACCGAUUCCAAGCUGAGUCUUGUCACAGAUAAGACUCCGGUGGGGACCCCGAACGCUGCGCGGAAGAAUAAACGUCGGUCGAAUCUUUUUAGCAAGGACAAGGAAAAGGACAAGGUGACCAAAGCCAAUGGUCAGGAGUACGGGGUUGGACGAUCGAUACCGGUGAAACAAGGCUACCUACUCAAACGUUCUCUCAAAGGCCUAGCGAAGGAGUCGAAGAAGAAGAAAUAUGUCACCUUGACGAAAGACGGGCGACUCACAUAUCACGCCACAAUUCAUGAUUACAUGAACAAUCACAACGGCAAAGAAAUCGAACUCAUGCAGACCACAGUGAAAAUCCCCGGACAGAAUCCUCGGGGAUGUCAAAACCGGGUGAUUCCCAACACAAACCCGAUGCUCUCGACGAAAGAGACACCUCUGAACAAGAAACGGAGCCACCACAAACGGAUGAAGUCUGGAGGGAGCUCGAAGAUGCUCGACGACACCUCGUUGACGUCGGAGGAACUCGAUUUCAUGUUGAUCUCAGUAAGCUGUAAAACCUGGCGCUUCGAAGCUGCCACCACUCAGGAACGCGACGAAUGGGUCACAGCCAUAGAAGAAUUGAUUCUGAACUCUCUGCAAGCAUGCGAGUCGGCCAAGGGCGGUGCCGACGACGAUGUGCAGGGACAAGCGAUUAACGCUCUCAAGUACCAAGUCGCUGGGAACAAGCACUGCGUCGAUUGCGAUGCCCCGAAUCCGGAUUGGGCAUCCGUUAAUCACGGUGCGCUCAUGUGUAUAACGUGUUCGGGUAUUCAUAGAAACCUGGGCUCGCAUAUCUCACGGGUCCGCUCGCUGAAUCUCGACGACUGGAGCGCUGAGCAGCUCAGCGUUAUGGCUGCCAUCGGGAACACUAUGGCAAAUACCAUCUGGGAGUCGAACACGAAAGAGGAAGGCAAACCCACUCCUAAUUCGAGCAGGGAGGAAAAGGAACGAUGGAUACGUGCCAAGUACCUGGACAAAGAAUUCUUGAAAAACCUACCUCGAAGUGUACCUCAAAGAACGCCACUCACUUAUCUGGUUGACGGUAUCGAAAGUGGAGAUGUUGCCAGGGUGUUACUGGCCUUGGCUCAUGGAGCAAACGUUGACGUCUCCGUCGUAGAAGGACGAACCCCUGUGCACCUGGCUGUCGCUCGAGGGAACACAGCUAUAGUCCAGCUGAUGCUCAUGGCGAGUGGCCGUGAGAGUUCGUGCAAGGAUGGAGUAUUGAAAGAAGUUCAGGAACGCAAGGUCUAACAACCGGGAAGAUCUUCAUUAGGAUUUAGCCUACGCGCAAAAAACUCAUUCGAUUGAUGCCUGUAAAUAAAGUUGUAUGUAUUGAACAAUGCUGGAGAGCGGAAACGGAAGAUCUGUACCAUACGAGCCAUGAGCUUUUUAGGCUAGCGAUAUAAUGCAAAGCAAUAGACGUCCAGGCGUCGAGUGUGCGGGAUGAUAGUACCCGCAGGUUCAGGACCACAUAUUUUUCCAAUAAAUUAAUUCGUA